UGCCCUCACCCCUUUUCUUUACCAACAUGUUAAUUUUGGCAUUUCCCACUUAGCACUAGCCCAUACCAUUGCAAAACUGUCAACUUUUUUUUUGUUUGGCCUACGCCCCUUAUGCUCACCACCAUGAACCUGGUUCACUUUGUAAUCAGAGAGUUAUUCUCAUUGGAGACGCCCGUGAUCCUCUCCAACGAUGGCACAUUUGGGCCUGGGUAUAAUCUGGAUUUUGAUUUCACAAUCUUGUUUGAGAACAUCUUCUUCAGCCUAAUCCCUGCUGCAAUUGCUCUUUUGGUAUGGCCCGCCUGGAUUUUCUACUACCGUCAAGCACCAACGCUGGGGUCUAGAGACGCCUUGUUCUGGAGCAAGCUAUCUGUCGUUCUUUCCCUUUUAAUCUUCGAACUCGCAAGGUCUAUCGUCUGGUGCUAUACUCAAGGUGGUCAAUCAGCAGUGACGGCAGCCUUGGAUCAAACCAGGAUCUCGUCUGCCAUCUUGUCUCCCUCUGCCACACUCGCCCUAGGCGCUAUGCUCUACUUCGAUCAUACUCAUGCCUUUCAAUCUUCUGCUCUCAUCAGCCUCUACUGCACACUCUCCGUCGCCUUGGAGUUCAUAAGAUGUCGUACAUUUCUUCUACGCUCCUCUAUGACUGCUGUUGGCGCGUUGUCACUGGUAAUCGGAUUUUGUAAGGCUACAAUAGUAGUUAUGCAAGAAAUUCCGAAAUCUCUGCAGCAAAACCGCGCAGUCACGGAGAGGCUCUCCCCAGAUGCUAUUGCUGGCUUUUGGAACCGUACCUUGCUGCUAUGGAUAAACUCAACCUUCUUCGUCGGGUUUCGUCAGAAUCUGACUAUGGAAAAUUUGGGGAGUCUUGGGCCUAAUUUCUCAUCCGCUCGCCUCGCCGCAAGGUUCGAGUUAUCAUGGGAAACAGUUUCUAAAGACGAUCCGAACGCGCUGCUCAAGGCAUGUUACUACACAGUUUUCUGGCCAUUUUCUCUUAGUGCGCUUCCUCAACUAGUCGUCACGGCACUCAAUUUUGGCGCUGCAUUCCUACUUCAAGGUCUUCUCAAGUUUCUCGACAGUGAAAAUCCAACUGACAGAGAACGUACAUGGUUAAUAGUGGCAACCUUUGUUCUCUACUUCAGCAGGGCGCUCGCCACCAAUAUGAAGAGCUCGUUGUCAAAUACUACUGCGACGCGCCUACGUGGCAUCAUUUCUAGCCAAAUUUUAAAAAAGACUUUGCGGUUGCGCUCUCACAAAGCAGCUGAUGCUGCUGCACUUACCCAUGUCAGUGCCGACAUUGACGGAGUACUUGAUGUCGUCCGCACUGUCCAUGAUCUCUGGAUUGGUAUCAUAGAGCUCGCUAUUGGGCUGUAUCUUUUAUGGACUAUAGUAGGCAUGGCCUUUUUUGCUCCUUUAAUACCGAUCAUUGCUUCUACCAUCAUUGGGUGGUUCGUCGGUAAGCAUAUGGGGCCCGCGACGCUGGCCUGGAACCAGGCGAUCCAGGAUCGAAUCUCUGGCGUCUCCGCUGUCCUUUCGCAAAUAACAGGUAUCAAAAUGAUUGGCCUCGAGCAGCCGAUCCUGAAUUUUGUCCAGGGGCUACGUGAGAACGAAAUUUCCAAGUCUAAAAUGGCGCGAACUAUCCGUGUGAUCAUGAUCGCAUUUUUGCCGCUCAACUACUGGGUUACUCCCCUAGCACUCGUUGUGGGUGGACAAUACUGGACUAUUUGGAGAGAUGGGCUUGAGCCUGUAUCUGUCUUUACUGCCUUCGCCUUCGCCAAUUUCCUCGGUGACCCUGUCAAUAACUUGUUCUACCUUUGGCCAAAUAUCAGCGCGCUACAGGCAUCAUUCUCACGUAUCCAGACUUACCUCACCCAACCAGAGGUAGAAGAUACUCGAGAGGUGCGCAACUUUGCGGCAAAAUCAUCUAUGGAUGACUUGUCUAAAAGACCUGCCGAUAAUGUGGUAGAGGAAGCACAGAAGAGAAGUAUCUCAUUCCUCGAUGUUUCUAUAAAGUCUUUGGAGAAUGACACUCUGAUACUAAAGAAUAUAAACAUCUCUAUAUUGCGCAGUACACUCACCAUGGUCAUUGGUUCCGUCGGGGCUGGCAAGUCCACCUUGCUAAAGGCGAUCAUCGGCGAAGCAGAGCCAUCAUCCGGAAAGAUCCAGGUUUUGACCAAAAAUAUAGCAUACUGUGGCCAGGUAGCUUGGCUUCCAAAUAUCACCAUCAAACAAGCGAUCAUUGGUCGAGGACAAUUUGAUGAAGACCGCUAUCAAAACGUUAUCCGAGCAUGCGCGCUUGACCAUGACAUUGGUCAAAUGGAAGACGGCGACAAGUCCAUAACAGGCCCGAAUGGUUCCAAACUCAGCGGAGGACAGAAGCAGCGGCUCUGUCUUGCUCGAGCCAUUUACUCAUUGGCGCCCAUUGUCGUUUGCGAUGAUCCUCUCAGCUCGCUUGAUACUACUACAACCAAAAGCGUCUUUGACGCUGUAUUUGGUCCCGCUGGUUUCCUCCAAGAGCAAGGACGAACAGUCGUUCUAGCUACACAUGCAACUGAAUGGCUCACAUUCGCCCACCAGGUUAUUUCGCUACAGAAUUCUGAGGUCACUUCCUAUUCUACUCAAGAUGAUAUUCAGAACUUAGCUCGAGUUAUCAUAAAGACCAAUCCACCAAACAAGGAAAAAAUGUAUCAGACCCAAACCACGGAGGCAAGCAACAAGCUCGGUCGUAUAACAUCGGUAGUUCAAAACUCAGUCAGCCCUAUAGACUCCUCUCUCUAUCGCUUUUAUUUCCAAAGCGUCCCUACCUGGAUCCUUUUUUUAGCCCUCCUUUCUGUUGUCGUGAUGACGGUAGUUGAAAAGUUCCCGGACUUUCUUAUGAGAAUUUGGAUCGAAAUUGACGCGAAAAACAAAAAUUACAUCUGGGUGAUGGUUGCUUUGGCCAUUGCAGCGAUGAUUCAUAAUGGCGCAACUGUAUGGUUAUACGAACUUAUUAUCAUUCCAAAGGUAGCAUCAAAAAUGCAUAGUCUGUAUAUAACUGCAGUCAUGCAAGCUACCCUUCCAUUUCUUACAUCAACAAGCAAUGGAGCUCUUCUUAACCGAUUUGGCCAAGAUAUGAGUCUGUUAGCCAAAGAAAUGCCAUCGGCACUCUUUCGAGUCCUUUUAAUUUGCGGCACCACCGUCGCUAAUGUUGCGAUGAUCACGAGUGCUACAACGUACUCUUUUGUCUUCCUCCCCUUUAUCGUCGCCAUUCUUGCAAUGGUACAGGCUUUCUAUUUACGCACAUCACGUCAAAUGCGACUACUGGAUCUGGAGAGUAAGACUCCCCUCUACACUAAGAUCUAUGAGACCAGUGUUGGCAUUGAGCACAUCCGCUCAUUCGGCUGGGAAGAGGCAGUAAUACAAGAGAGCCUAGAACUAUUGGAUUACACACAGACGCCAUUUUAUUACAUGUAUAGUAUUCAGCGUUGGCUUCUAGUUGUCCUAGGGAUGACGGUCACUCUGACAGCGACUAUCCUGGUGUCUAUUGCACUUAACUGGACAAAGACAACAUCACAGGCGAGUUUGGGGCUCGCUCUACUAGGAUUGAUUAACUUCACCAUCGUUUGUCAGGAGCUGGUGCUCCGUUGGACUAUCUUAGAGACAUCGCUCGGAUCGAUUAUGCGUCUCAAGACAUUUGUCAGCACUACUCCUCAAGAGAAGGACGGCCCAGACGCACAAUGGCGCCCCAAGUCCUGGCCAGCAAGAGGAGCUGUUGAAUUCCGACAAGUGAGCGCAACAUAUAGUGCGGGUGAUCAGCCUAUCAUGGCUUUGGAAAAUGUUAAUCUGACAAUUGAACCUGGGGAGAAGGUAGUUGUAGCUGGAAGAACUGGCAGUGGAAAGAGCAGUUUUCUUCUAACAACCCUCAACUUCCUGCAGUUGACGGGUACCGUCUUAAUUGACGGCCUCGACAUAAGCAAAGUUCCCCGUCAACAGCUGCGUCGUGCUAUCACUACCAUACCCCAAGAUCCGGUUAUAAUUCCCGGAACACUCCGUGACAAUCUGAUUCCGUUUCGACCAGAGGAUGAUAAACACGGUGAAAUGGAUAGUGACGACGAAAAGGAGGCUGAUGCUGAACAGGUCGGCGGUGCUGAUGCCAACAAUCAAAACAAUGUGACUGCAAAUAUUGAAGCAGGAGCUAUUGCAGCUGCAGCAAUCGACGCUCCUCUUAAUAACAUCGCCAUUUCCCAAGUUCUGAGAGACCUUGGUCUAGAAGCUUAUGUUGAACAGCAUGGUGGACUAGAUGCUGAUGUCAAACUCAUGGAAUUUUCGACUGGUCAAAAGCAACUCAUCGCUAUUGCCCGAGCACUGCUACACCGAUUACAAUACAGAAGUCAGAUUGUGCUGAUGGACGAACUAACGAGCAGUCUGGAUUACGAGACCGAUCGCCGUGUACAGAGGGCUAUGAAUAUCGCCUUCCGGGGAUGCACUCGCAUUGUGAUAUCCCACCGAAGUACUGGAUAUGAAAAUUGCGAUAGAAUUUUGACUUUGAGCGAUGGGUUUUUAACUGCUCAGCGAAAGAUUGAUAAGGAGACCUCUGAUGAAAAUGAUAGUCCGUUUGAUGAGGAAGAAAAGGUACAGAUGAAGGAGACGAAGGCUCGAAUGGAACGUGCCUCCCGCGCCCCACGACUGGAUAGUAUGCCAGCCAGCUGGAUCAGCGCUGCUGAUACUCAGCGCUGGCUAAACGAGACGGAAACGGAGAGCUCGACUCAUGACGUGACCGAUCAAGACAGGCCUGACAUUGUCCAUAGACGCAAAGUCAGAAGCUCGGUCAAAGAAUUAAGGAGGGCAAAGCAGGAGCGAGAUGGCAUCCUACCACGCAAAUCAACGGAUUCCACCGCAAGCAGUCAGCAUACCGUCAAGACUGGUGGGAACAGACACUCCAAUGUAACGAUUACGGGAGGCGAGCCUCAAACUGGUGAAUCAUUGCAAAGCGCACAUCGAACCAGCCAACCCGUUACGACGGCCGAGCCUCAAACUAGUGAAUCGCCGCAAAGCGCACAACAAAAUGCGCCGCAACCUAACGAGCCCGUUACAACAGCAGCGCCUCAGACUAGUGAAUCGCUGCCGAGCGCUCAACAAAGCGCACGGCAGACUAGCCAGUCUGAUGUUGAAAGGGAUGAGGGCGGCGCGAUCAAGCCAAAGCUGGCAAACGUGGUUACGGAUAGCGAGUAAGAAAGAUGGACACAUAUUAAUACGGCAACUACAUCUUUAAUGUAACUCGAGACCUACCGAAGGUUAAAGCACUGUAGUGCAUUAUAGAUUCUUCCAAGUCUAGAUUAGUGUACAUAGCAAUGAUUAGAUUGACAUAUAUAGCUACCGCAGUGUGCUGUUAACCCAGGGAAUCUUUGGUCUUAUGAUGAGCACUUGUAACCAUCGAUUUUACCUUCAGGGUGUACUGGAUCAGACUGUCAAUCUUAUCAGUUAUCGUGCUAUAGAUGAACAAUGGAGCUUUUGCUUGUUAUGAACAGUUUCAGUACGUAUACAGGAUCCAUUUGGCAGGUGCAUUUAGUUACAAGCCUGUAAUUCUUUCUGUUCUUUUUACCGAGAUAAUAGUUUAUAUAAACUCAGAAUCAGGCGGCUGAUGCCUUUGCUCAACAAUAGGUAAACAAUGCAGUUGUAAGUUACGCAGUCUGUAAAACACGUCAGGCGUUGUCUCUACGCCUUCUCGCUAAACUCAUGCAGCUUAUCUGCCAACCGCCUCCCCGCUGCCGCCCCCAUGCGCAGUAAAUAACACGUCAUCAAGUCCUGUUCAUCAUUGCCUUCCUCAUCCAUCCAUAGGCUUAUCCUUGACCAUCCCCUUCACCCCUCUCGCCAGCUCCUCGCAGCUCGAGAUGAAACCCCAUGACUUCUGGCAGUUAGAGUCCACCAUCUGCCGCGCAUACUCAGGGCUCGUCGUACCGCAUCCAUCUCGCAAUAAUACCGUGUCGAACCCUUUGCUGGACGCGUCCUGAAUCGUAGCCAGCACGCACUGGUCCGUAUUCACCCCAGCAAACAGCAGCGUCUUGAGGCCCUUUUUCCGUAGAAACAUCUCGAGCUCGUUGGAGUGCGCGUCGCCCCAGAGGCCAGAGAGCCGUUCCUUGUGGAAGCGUACGUCUGGGACCGCGGAUACCUAUAGCACAUCACAUUGGAGUCAGUCAGCCAGUCAGUGAUUGGUGUCUUGGUGAGGCAGCCCGCCGCGUUUUGAUUGCCAGGGUAUACCAAUUUUGAGAUACGUCAAGUAAUCGGGUAUAGAUACAAUACUCCGUAAAAACAAAAUGGUUCUAAUAUGGGUAUGGAGAGGCAAAGUGAGUGAAUGUGUUGUCAUGUACAUGCAGGUGACAUCAUACAUGCGUCAAGGCUAUAUUGAACAUUGGCUGGAGCCGCGAUGUUAGUAGCACUCCUAAUACUUGUGAAUAAAUGACCAUAUGAAAGCAGGUCCAUUCGUUUAAGUGUUAUCAUCUCUUUGUUGAUGGAUGCCGGAUCAACGCGGUCUCUGAAUUGGUAUAGUAUAUCGAUGAGCGACGCAUCAUGAUGGUUCUGGUGGCGGCAUGAAUCCAGCUCGUUGGAAGAGCCUCCAAAAUAUUUCCGGUGGCAUUAAUCUUGGGAUUUCUUGCCCACCUGGCCCGAGUUGCGGGUUUUGUUCCACAUAGUCGGUCCAUUCGUCAUGCGUUGCCAUCACGGCGCUGUACAUGCCCACCACAACCAAAGCUGUGGCUCUAGCGACGUUCUUUCUCGCGGUAUGCAGCCUCUCUAACUUGUAGCACAGCUCUAUAGCGUCUUCAUUUGCCUUUUUCGCAUUUUCAAUUCCAAUGGCAAUGGCUAGCUUCAACUGAAAAAUAACAGUGGCGAGCGAGAUUGUCACCAUGUCAGUCCAACGUUCGCGAAACUGUUCCUGUGCUGGACGAGCGGUUACUAUAGAUUCGUGCCACGGUAUUAAUAUACCGCAGAUUUCAUUAGCACGGUCCAAAGCUGCAUUGUGAAGCCCCGUUUUUGUUGCCAGCGUAAAUGGUGGAUAGGUGAUUAGGCGAUUUGUUUUGAUCCAAUGAUGUGCAAACGGCACUGCUUUUCCGAAAUAAGUGAGCCAGAAUUCGCAACGAUCUAAAGAUGAUGGACCUGUUGAUGCGGCUCGUUGAAUAAUAUUUAGCCAGCGAGAUUCGUUGAGAAAGCUGUGCUCGCCAGUUCGAAUCAUGGAAAGAUACUACAAUAAUUGUUAGCACAAAAUCAAAUCUAAGAGUGAAUUUUUGUAACUUGGUCACAUGGAGAGGCAAUGAUUUGCUUACCAGUAAUGGUAAAUGGCUCGUUAGAAGAGAACGGUCAAAGUCGGAAUUGAAUUGCUCUGGUCCGCGAUGUUCGAUCAGCAAAGCGGCACCUCUUGUAUGCUGGAAGAGGGCUGCAUCUGUCGUAGUCCC